AUGCUGCAGUCUCAUCCCAUCUCCAUCUCCACCCUCCCGACACGGCUCAACCGUGAUGACGCAGUGAGAGCCGUCAACAACCAACCCCCCUCCUCCCCCCGUGAAAGGAAAGGAUGGAUCUCGGACACCACAGACGCCACACACCACACACAACAACACCACCACCACCAACAACUCCCCUCCCUCCCUCCUCACACACACACCAACUGCCCUCCUGAGCACACACACACACCUGUCCUUCCCCACCUGAUACACACACACACACGCUUCAGUCAUACACUGACUCCUCCACCAACACGCCACCAACUCAACACCUCGGCCAACCCAAACACCAAACACCCACCUGAAGUUUCAAAUCCAAACAAAACCGACACCCCCCUCUCUCUCUCUCUACACCGCCACGUCUCGCUUGUUUGUUUACAUCUCGGCGUCGCCAUGGUGAUGUGGAAGCUGUCGUCCCAGAAGCUGGGCUUCUUCCUGGUGAGCUUCGGCUUCAUCUGGGGCAUGAUGCUGCUGCACUUCACCAUCCAGCAGCGGGCCACGCACGAGAGCAGCGCCAUGCUGAGGUCACAGAUCCUGGACCUCAGCAAGCGCUACAUCAAGGCCCUGGCGGAGGAGAACCGCAGCGUCAUGGACGGGCCCUACGUGGGCACCAUGACCGCCUACGACCUGAAGAAGACGCUGGCCGUGUUGCUGGACAGCAUCAUGCUGCGUCUGGCCAAGCUGGAGAACAAGGUGGAGAACAUCCUGUAUAACGGGACCGGGGGCAACCUGACCAACGGAACCAGCACCUCCGCCCCCGCCAACCUGGCCAACCAGGAGAAGGUCAACGUGGCAGACCUGUUGAAUGGUGCCCAGGAGAAGUGUGAGUUUCCUCCUCUGGAUGGCUUCCCCCACUGCGAGGGAAAACUGAAGUGGAUGAAGGACAUGUGGCGAUCUGACUCCUGCUACAGCAACUACGGAGUCGACGGCUCAACCUGCUCUUUCUUCAUCUACCUCAGUGAGGUGGAGAACUGGUGUCCACGCCUGCCAUGGAGGCUGAAGAACAAGAGAGAGGAGGAAGGCAAAGGCAUGACGGAGAUCCGUACGAGUUUUGACGAGCUGUACCGCGUGAUGUCAAGGCGUGAGGAGUUCCGCUGGAUGAUGCUGCGUAUCAAGCGCAUGGCCGAGCCGUGGGUCAGCGCAGUACGCUCACUAGCCCACAAACAGGACCUACGCGGACGCAAACGCAAGAAGAUCUUGGUGCAUCUGGGCCUGUUGACUAAGGAGUCUGGUUUCAAGAUAGCGGAGAACGCCUUCAGUGGAGGACCACUGGGGGAGCUGGUGCAGUGGAGCGACCUCAUCACCACACUCUACUUGCUGGGACACGACAUACGCAUCUCCGCAUCGCUAGCAGAGCUCAAAGAGAUCAUGAAGCGUGUGAUGGGGAACAAGUCCAGCUGCCCCACCCAAGGGGAUAAGGUGGUGGAGCUCAUCUACAUUGACAUUGUGGGCCUGACACAGUUCAAGAAGACCCUGGGACCCUCCUGGGUGCACUACCAGUGUAUGCUGCGAGUGUUGGACUCGUUCGGCACGGAGCCUGAGUUCAACCACGCCCACUAUGCCCAGUCCAAAGGCCACAAGACGCCCUGGGGCAAGUGGAACCUCAACCCACAACAGUUCAACACCAUGUUCCCCCACACCCCUGACAACACCUUCCUGGGCUUCGUGGUGGAGCAGCACCUCAAUGCCAGCGACAUCCGACACAUCGACGACAUCAAGCGCCAGAACCAGUCGCUCGUCUAUGGGAAGGUGGACAACUUCUGGAAGGAUAAGAAGAAGUACCUGGACAUCAUCCAGCAGUAUACGGAGGUGCAUGGGACGGUUCAUGGGACCAGCACGGUGCACCUGCCGAGCUACGUUAGGAACCACGGCAUCCUGAGCGGACGCGACCUGCAGUUCCUACUGCGAGAGACCAAGCUGUUUGUGGGCCUGUCCUUCCCCUACGAGGGCCCCGCCCCUCUGGAGGCCAUAGCCAAUGGCUGUGCUUUCCUCAACCCCAAGUUCACGCCCCCCAAGAGCAGCAAGAACACAGACUUCUUCAAGGGGAAGCCCACCUUACGAGAGUUGACGUCUCAACACCCGUAUGCAGAGGUAUACAUUGGGAAGCCGCAUGUGUGGACGGUGGACAUCGAGAACCCCCUGGAGGUCCAGAGGGCCGUCAGCUCCAUCCUCAGCCAAAAGAUCGAGCCCUACCUGCCCUACGAGUUCACCUGUGAAGGCAUGCUGCAGCGGGUCAACGUUCUCAUCGAGAGACAGGACUUCUGCCAUGGCCAGGUGAUGUGGCCUCCUCUGGCUGCCAUGCGGGUGAAGUUUGCGGAGCCGGGCCAGACCUGCAAGCAGGUGUGCCAGGAGGCCCAGCUGAUCUGCGAACCCUCCUUCUUCCAACACCUCAACAAGGACAAAGACCUGGCCAGAUUCGGUGUGGAGUGCCAGACGGUGGAGUCGACCGGUGACACGGUGGUGCCGGCGUUCAGCGAGGCGCGUCGCCACUGCAUCUUCCAGUCGGACCUGCUGCUGUUCAGCUGCGCCGGGGCCCACUCCUCCCUGCGCCGCGUCUGCCCCUGCAGAGACUACAUGAAGGGACAGGUGGCGCUAUGCCGGGACUGCUUAUAGCCCACAUAUCCACGGACACACACACACACACACACUGAUGUAUAGACACUGAAAUACACACAUACACACACAGAGACUGACAUACAGUACGCACAUCAAUCACAUACAUAUUUAACAUACAGACGCACACUCUCGCUCUCAAGAGCGUGCAUGCGUACAGACAUCAAUGUACUACGCACUCCCACACUCUGAUACAUACACAGACACACUCAUAGAACCCAUAGGCCUACAUACAGUAUGGACAAACACACAUAGAUGUUGAUAUAUAUUUGAGAUAUUGGUUGUGUACCUCAUGAGAAUGAGAAACGUUGGCGCCACAAAAUUUGUGGAGCUGACUUUUGCAGUACAUACAGCACACACACACACACACCUACACACACACACACACACACACACACACACACACACACACACACACACACACACACACACACACACACACACACACACACACACACACACACAGAGUACAACAAGACAAUGUAAGACCAUCCGUCCAAGUUUGACCUUUGAGUGGGCAGGCAUGUUUGGAGCCCACAGAUGUAUUGACACAUGCAGUAACAUGUACAGCCGGCGCCAGUGUGAGGAUCGAUGUAGACUCAAGACAUCGUGGUGGAUCUGGGCAACACCAACAGUGUGCUGAGGAAAACAGUGUGCUGUGGGAAGCAGUGUGCUGUGGAAAACACCAUCAGUGUGCUGAAGAAAGCGGUAUGCUGUUGGAAACCGUGUGCUGUUGGAAGCAGUGUGAUGUUGGGAAACGGUGUGCUGCUGUGCCACGGUGCCAAUCAAGGUUCUGACCAACCCAGUAUUUUAUUCUGGACCUGACCUGACCCGACCCGACCCGCCAUGGGCAUCACAACAACAACAUCUCAAAGAUACUGGACUACCGCAGAUGGAUGGGGCUUAAAAGUGUGUGUGUGUGCGUGUGCGUGUGCGUGUGCGACGCGUGUGCGUGUGAAUGUUGUAUUAUAUCUUAAAAAACAAACAAAAAGACUUUGAUUCGCCCAGGACUACUACUGCUACCACACACACACACACACACACACACACACACACACACACACACACACACACACACACACACACACACACACACACACAAACACAAACACAAACACAAACACACAAGUAAGCAAACACACACACCUGCACUUGGUGAGAAGGACACAUAAACAUGGACUUCUACAAGCCUGAAAUACUUGAAACCGAGGAGGUUGCUUGUCCGCCCUGCGUGGAUUCUUUGCUGAAAGAGACUUUGAUUAACCCUUUGUCUGUAGUGCAGUACAUUUAAGAAUUACACACACACAGACACACACACACAUAAAGACACAAACCUUGCGGACUUAUUUUCUGAAGAACUCCAUCAACCGGGACCAAAUUCGCCAGCGAGAGUGAAGAUCCUUCUUCCUUUGCUGGUCUUUCAACUCUACUCUACAACUGCAGCUUAACCAACCCCGCUCCACUAACCAAUACAGAUGCAGACAUUCUGGACCCUGUCUUUGCCCUGUACAGUAUUGUGUGUGUGCGUGUGUGUGUGUGCGCGUGUGCGUGUGUGUGUGUGUGCGUGUGUGUGUGUGUGUGUGUGCGCGUGUGUGUGUGUGCUGGUUGAGGUGGCCCCUGUGUGUAGGGGAGUGAACAUGGGUGCCACUCUGCCAAGCACAUAAGCCCUGCUAUGCUAACAGCAUAGAUAUAUGUACAACACUAGAUGUCACGGUUGACUAUCACUGUCUAUUGGAAUGAAUGUCUGAAUUCCAUGGCCACCAUGGUGACGGCCUAGGCUUGCUAUUCCGAAAGACUGACCAUGACAUCUAGUGUGUUCGUAUAUCUAUGGUUUAGCAGUAACUAGCUAGCACCGAAGAACGCUAGCACAGAGAAGGGCAGCUCUGGAUUUUACACUGAAUCCCCCAACAACCAUCCGCCCACCUCUAACCCUGGAAAAACCCAACAACAAUAUCCCCCC